AACCUAGGAGGUUAGAGUAUGAGCUCACUAUGCACUUCAAGUUGCCGUGCCUCCCGUCGGAUUUGAUCGAGGUGACCGACUUCGCUGGGAAGAUUGUAAGUACGGUUCCUUACGCCAUUACGUUCACCCCAUAUGUAUGUGCGGAAUACAUUACAAGAAAACAGACAUCCGCCAUGCAAGCCGCCACCACAGUGCCGGACCAGACCAUGUGGGGCAACCCGCAACAUAGCGCCCGGACCCGGUCCUACACUACGAACCCGACGCGUUUCCGGCAAUGCGCAGGCACGCGCCAGAGAACCACAAUCUCGCAUCGACCCCACCAUUCAUAAGCUUCCGGGAUGGAGAUAGAAGCUGGCGACGACAUUCUAAGGAAGGCGGCGGAGGACGGUUCCCUGGACUACGCGGCCUGGCCCGACCUGCUGCCCUUGGUUCUGGCACGUAUUGAGAAGAUCGCACACACCGAAUUUCCCAUUCCCGCCAUCACGUCUCCCGUCCGACCAGCCCGACCUCCCUCGCCCCGUUUCCUUGCCCCGCUUCCUUCAUCGGACCCAGUAGAGGCGCCGGAUCAGACGAAUCCGCCGCCGACGUCGUCGCAAGAAACAGACAAAGAGAAUGCCAAGCCGUCUCCGCCAUCGCUCUCUAGGGGCGCCGGCACCAGUGCGAACGCUGGGCCGGCCUCCUCCGCUCCAGCAGCUUCGUCGUCGCAACCGAGCGCCCCUACCCAACAACACCCCGUGACCGCCCCUCUCCCAAAACCCAUUGCCGACAUGCUCGACGAAGUCUUAACUGUUCUGCGGACCGAUUUCCCUCAGUACCCGCCGCAUACAAUACAGCGCCUGGCCGAGCUGGUGCUCCGCCCGCGCGAACAUUACCGCAACGUGGUGCCUUAUCUCCAUGCGCUCGACCGGAUUGUCCAUGUCACCAGCGGUGCUAACACGUACCCGCUUCCCCCGGCCCUUCCCGAUAUAGGCGCCAUGACUCUGCUGGCAAACGGUGUGGGUGGCCGUGGGGCGGGCGGGUUGUCCGUCGACACUGCGGCGGCGAACAAUCUCGGGUCGGAUGAGGCGCUGGGCGGCGCUCUGCUGACGCCAAUACCCUGGCUAUCGAGGCGAGCAAACGCAGAGGGCAGUGACGACGGCGGGGACGCAGGGAGUUCAUCCCCGCUGUCGGCAAGCGGCAACCCCUCACAGCAGUUCCAACUCCAGCAGCACCAGCAAAGGCAGAGUUCCCACCUCGAAGGCAGGAUACAAACUGAGAAUACGGUGACCAUAGAGGGCCCCAAUGGUAUGGGCAGCAUCGAGACCGUUUCGGUAUCGGUCAACGGCAUCCCGUCCACCGGUGCCGGAGUGGCCAUGCUCACACAGCGCAGCGUCACGCAAGGCGAGCUCUUGCGCCAGGAACAGCGUGCGGGCGUCGUGCCUCUGAACCAGCUCAACAGGCAGCAGCAGCGACACCGACCCAUGGACACUGACGGCGGUGAUACUGCGGAUGAAGAUGCGUCCAUGAGCGAUGGCGCCGCGGAGGAGGAGGAAGAAGAGGAGAUUCCGCAUGCCCGCGGCCCCGAAGAAAUCGGCCCCGCCGACACGGGCCCCCAGGACCCAACGACAGCAAACUACAUCGCUGGGGCCGGCCGCUCUCUAGGUGUAGGUCGCCUCAACUUAGAGGCUGCUGUCGGGCGAAGAGUGCAGACGCCUCCUACCCAGCAGCAGGAGCAACCGGAUGGAAGCAAACGCGCGAGCGGCAGCCCAGACGGGGAGAUCAUCCAGCGGAGUCCCAAGCGCGAGGCAACCGACAAGCUCGAAGCGGCAGUUCCUAAGAAACGGAUCAGGGAAGACGGAUCUACCAUCUCGGCACGCAGCAGCGGAGGAGAAUCUCAGGACCAGGGACAAGAGGGGGCAACAGGGCAACAGCAGAAGUCGGCUGACGACAAAGCUGCAUCCGGAGACGGCGAAGCCGACUCAGAGCCAAAGCGCGACGCUGAGGGAGACGUUGUCCUCUCCGAUGUUGCAGCCGAACAGGCGGGUGAAGACGAGCCAGCUGUUGAUGACUCUUCCGAAAACAAAUCCGAAGCUGCUACGAAAGAUGAAGGCAGGGAUAGGGAUGACGAAGGAGACAGCAAGACAGUGCAAGACGGCGAGGCCUCAACUGGUGCUACUGCCGCCGAAUCAGGCCCAGGAAGUCAAGGCGGUUAGUGGGAUGAGCUCUUCUGUUGACGGGUACUGCUACAGGCGCCUAGCAAACCAAGCGAAAGCACAUGUUGUGAAUGGUUCUCAUUGCUCCCAGUAGUUGCCUAUGGAUUUCCUCUCUUCUAAAUCUGUAAAUGGUUAGGUUUUGUGUGGGUUUUGGGUUGGUUUGUACGAUCUCUCGUGAUGAUUUCCUUUGCUGG